AUGAUUGACGCUCUUCUGCUCGCAUGUAUUAUCGCAGGUUUCGCGACGGGCACAGUCGUCUCGUCCGAGUUGUUCAAGAAAUCAUUCACUCAGCUUGAAACGACCUACGACCGGAUCAUCAUCUCCACCACGGCCGGGCUGCUUUCGGUGGCCGAUGUUCUUAUAACCGUAACCGUUUAUUACUACAUUGGAACUUCGCGAACGGGCUUGAGAGAAACGGACACUGUGGUCGAGAGCAUGGGUCGAUAUGUGAUCACACGGGGAUUACUCAUCGUGUCAUGCCACGGUUUGAAACUCGUCACCUUCGUAGCACUACGCCACUCGCUGGUAUUCCUGCUCUUUCAUCAGCUCCUUUCCAAGUUGUAUUGUCUCACGCUCUUCACCUUGCUGUCGUCGUUCGAGCCAUUCAACUCCCCACCCCGGCCAGGGUUCCAGUGUUAG